AUGCCAACGCUUAUAGUAAAGAAGAAAAAAGUCCAGGAACUUCUUCAGAGGGAAUUUGACGACCACUGGUUUGAAAGGACUCUGUUUGACUUUGGGCUGGAGUUGGACGACACUGUGGAAGAAGAAGGAGAAUGCAUGUACAGGAUAGACAUCCCAGCCAAUAGAUAUGACCUUCUUUGCACCGAGGGACUUUGCUAUGCAUUAAGGGUAUUUCUCUCUAUGGAAGAGUACGAGGACAUAGAAAUCGAAGAAGGAAGAGUCUCGGUUUACAAGUCUGGAGGAAGAGAAAGGCCCUGUGUUGCCUGUGCAAUUGUCAGGGGAGUGGACUUCCGGUCGGAGGAAACCUACAGGAGCUUCAUCGACUACCAAGAUAAACUCCAUCUAACGAUUGGAAGGAACAGAACAUUAGUAUCAAUGGGGACACACGACCUAGACAAGAUCCAAGCACCUAUUUUUUAUAGGAGUGAGACUCCUGAUCGGAUUGUGUUCAAGCCUUUGAGCGCAGAUAGGAGGAUGAGUGCACAGGAACUGAGUUCAUACUUUGCUCCAGGGAGUAAGAUUGGAAAGUAUAUGAAGCUUAUUGAGAAGAAUGAAAAGUAUCCCUACUUUGAAGAUUCCAAGGGAACUGUUUUGUCGUUACCUCCAGUAAUAAAUUCCGAUGCAACAAAGAUAGACCUUGAGACAAAGAACGUGUUUAUCGAUGUGACAGGAACAGACUUCCACAGAGUCAACACGGCAUUGAAACUAAUAUUGGGAUGCUUUCGAGGAAAGAGGAUAGAAAGUGUUGAGAUUUUGGAUGGAGACGAAAGGAUAAGAACACCCAUUAUGCACAAUCACUUGUACACGCUGGAGCUGGAUGAGAUCAAUAGGAGGCUAGGCUUGGAUCUUUCUCUGGAAGUUGCAAAGACUUACAUGGAAAGAAUGAUGCAUAAGGCAAGCAUUGUUGAUGGAAAAACCCUUCAGGUUAAGGUGCAUGAUAUCAGAUCGGACGUUAUCCAUAAAUGUGACUUGAUUGAGGACGUAGCUAUUGCCCAUGGAUUCAAUAACUUCAAAAGAGAGUUGCCCUUGAUCUCAACUAUUGGAUCAGAGGAUCCUUUGAACAGAUUCUCGGACAAACUCCGAAUGGAGCUCUCCAUCAUGGGAUUUGAUGAGGCUCUGACUCUGACACUAUUAUCCCGGCAGGAGAAUAUAAUUGACGGAGAUCUGGCCGUUGUCCUCAUGAACCCAAAGUCCAUAGGAUAUGAGGUCUGUAGAACGUCUCUUAUUCCAGGCCUGAUGAAGACAGUGGCUUCGAAUCUGCACGUGAAAAUUCCCUUCAAGCUGUUUGAAGUCUCGGAUGUUGUUCUUUUGGAUAAAGAAAACCAGAGUGGAGCAAGAAACUCAAGAAGACUGGCGGCCCUAUACUGUGGGCAUUCGCCAUGUCUUGAAGAGGUCCAGGGCUCUUUAUCUCUUCUUCUGGAGAAGUGCGGAGUUCAGCCGUCGUAUACUCCCCACGACGAUCCUAUAAGGUAUCUCAAGAACCAGGGUGCAUUUGUAGUUGUAGAGGGCAUUCCCAUUGGAUCGAUAGGCGUGUGCAACCCAGAAAUAUGCAGAGCUUUCAAGGUUCCGUAUGCAGCAUCGUUCUUUGAGAUAGAUGCCGAGAAACUGUUUUCUGUCUACAAAGAUAUGAAUUAA